AAAAGUAAGUUUUUAAAGAGAGGGGGGAGGGAUAAACGAAGCUACAGCGCAGUCGGCGCCCCGAGUGUCUCUACGGACCACGGUAUCGUCCAAAGCCCGCUUGACGAGAUUUCCUCUCGCGAGGUCGACGGCUCGCAACAUAACACCUCUCCACUGCUGGUGCGGCGGCAUCAGUACUGCAAAACCCCUUCCAGACCGUCCUUGCAACGAGAAACAAGAUGUCUCCAGUAAAACUCUCAGACGAAUACCAAACAAACCCCAACCUCAGGAAGGAAGACAUUCAGUACCUCCAAGAAUGGCUGACGAAGCAACCACACCUACCAGCGGUUCCUGAAGAACUGCUGAUUCUGUUCCUUCACGCAUGCAACUAUAAGUUGGAGGCCGCCAAGAACACCAUAGAGAACUACUUCAACGUGAGGACCCAUGCCCACGAAAUAUUCGACAACCGGGAUCCGAGUCUUCCGGAGAUAAAGCAGGCGUUGUCCAUCAUGAACGUGGUGGCCCUGCCAAAGAGGGACCCCCGGGGCAACGUGGUGCUGCUGUCGCGGCUGAGCAACGACGACCCGGCGCUGUUCGACCACGCCAACCUGGUGAAGGCGUACAUCAUGGUGAAGGAGAUGGUGCUGCACCAGUGCGGCACGGUGCCUGGGUUCGUCAUCGUGCUCGACUUCCAGGGCAUGUCGCUCAGCCACCUGACGCGCUGCAAGCUCAGCGUGGCCAAGCAGUACUUCACUUACGUGCAGGACGCUUUCCCAGGCAUCGUGGUUUCUGACCACAUCAUCAACACUGUUCCAGCCACAGAAAAAUUUCUUGCCAUGUGUCGACCAUUCAUGAAGAAGGAGCUUCUCGACAAACUAUUUCUUCACUCAACAAUGGCGAGCUUUUUCGAGAAAGUCCCGAAGGAAAUUUUUCCGCAAGACUACGGUGGUGAUGGCGAACCAAUGGCAGAGAUUUACAAAACAACACUGAAGGAUUUAGACGAUCAUAGAGACUGGUUCCUGAAGGAGCAGUCAAUGCGAGUCGACGAGUCAAAGCGACCAGGGCGUGCAAAGAGCGCGGGAGACAUCUUCGGAAUGGAAGGCUCCUUCAAGAAACUGGACAUCGAUUGAAGCCACAUGCCUCGCCCGAACAAACCAUUUGCUGGUCAUUAAGAAGCACUUGGAAAUGUCCACACUACGCACACUAUGUUCUGUAACACAGGGGGGCAAAACGUGACAUCAUGUAGGGUUAUAAAUAAGUUCCUAAUUGCAACAUCUACAAGUCCAUCUAGAAAAAUUAUUACGACUCAUGCAUGCAUUUUUAUCUUUUUUUUGUAAUAAAAUGUCACUAUUAUAUUUAGAAGUAACCUUACAUAAUCUGCCAAAUUAAUCGUUGUUUGAAAGCAUUUUAGCUAAUUUCUGCACACUCUGCAUAAAAGCAGUUAUUAUUAAUCUUUAGAGAUUAUUUAAUGUUAAAAGUAGGUAUUCAUAAGUGGAUAUAUUUAUCACCCCUACAGAUACUCAUUACGCAUGUAUAACAUAUGUAUAUCACCACAUGCAUAUCUACACCAACAAUAAAUUAUGAUAGUAACUUUCAACACUACAAAUGUGUUUGAUCUAAAAAUUUAUCACAAAGAAGAUUUCGACAAAUGUAGCACGUAAAAUAAAAAAAAAACAAAAACAAAACAAAAAACCAUUUUAAUUAAAAAUUAUAAAAUUUCAUAAUGAAAAAAAAAAAAUCUUUCUAGGUUUGUUUUUAACACAUUUUUUUGCACCAAAUGAUGAGAGCGUAUAGCCAAUUACUUUUAAAUUUUUACAAUACGAUAUUGGGGCUGUGACAUAUCGAUCCUAUUUCCUCCAACAGAUUCAUACAUGAAAGCCUUGCUAUCAUUACAUCUCCAUACAAAAUCAGUUACAUCCAAAGAUUAUGUGUGUCUCUGUACUAUCUUCAUUACAACUAUAUUUGUAAUAGUGAACACGUAAAAGUUUUCAAAAUAGUUUUUUUUUUUACUUUAGUCAUUAAAAAAAAUAAUGAUGCCACACUCAUUUUUAUGUACCAAUAUGUAAUUUGUGGAGCUCAAAUAAGUAAAUAUUGCAUCAUUCACAUUUUAUUUAAAUGCAACUCCUAAAUUGUACCUCAUUCAUGACUGUUUUUCAGAUAGUAGUGACUACAUAGUUUAUUACGUAUACAGUACAACCCUGUUAUAACAUUCUCCAAGGGACCAACAUAAAAAAAUGUUAUAAGCAGGAAAAUGUUAUAAGCAGGAAAUCAUCUUCACUUUGUAAAAAUUACACGUGGAUUGAUUAAAUUAAAAAGUAUAGGUAAAACAACACAAAAUACAGGAGUAUUACACUAAGUACAGCAAUAGAGUGGAAAAUUGGUUAAUUUUAUUUAUAGAUAAUACCUAAUAAUAUGCUAAAGAAAAAAAAAAUGUUUUGUACGAUACAGUUCAGAGUCGAAACAGAAAUAUUCAACUCUUUUGCAAUCACAACACACGUUUUGUUGGGGUUCCUGUCCACUUGGUUAAUAAACUGAAUUUUUUCAGCUACAGAAUAUAUUUUCGCUUAUAUUUAUCGGCCAUCAUAACCGUACAAAAACCUGAAUAAAAUUUCAAUACGGCGUAUUUUAAUUAAAUAUGACCGUGACUACAAUAAGUAAAAAAAAAAAAAAUAAUUACGGUAAAGGCAACGAGCAUUACUCCUACGGAAAGAGUGGUAACUUCCAUGUUAAAUGCGUGUCACAAUAAGCAGACUGCUAUGGAGCGACCGCAGCGAUACCAUGUGUGUCGUGGCAAAACCUGAACUAACAAGCGUGCGGCGCAUGCUCAUUAGGAGCCCUUUUUUUUAGCUGCCACGUGCUUGCUUUUCCCGCCAUACAGAAAAUUAACGAUUUGUUUGUAAACAAAGAUGCAGAGAAGCAAAACAUUCUUCACAAAGGAUGUUACUUUUUAUUAUUUUCGAAACUAAAUUGGUCAAUUACUUUGAUAUUAUCUUAUAAAACACUUUUAAUUAAUUUUCUCGGCAAAUAAUUAUGUACUAUAUCUAAACAGGCGUAACUCGGACCUAUUGCAUCUCUGCAUGUUUAGUUCUAAAAGUUACACUCGUUAAAUACUUAACCUUCUUUAAGCUUUCAGUUGCAAAGAAAGGCUAAUAUUCUUGUUAAGGUGCCUGAUAUUAUCUGGCUUGUACCAUAUGAAACCCCGACAUGUCAUGUUAACCAUAAUAAAUAUAUUGCCAGAAUGGAAUCACUUUCGUGAGCAUUUUGUUUGGUUUAAGUUACCAUGCGCAUGCAUAAAACGUACCUAUAUUUUAAAAACAUACAGGCCUCUAACCCAGGCGUGAAUACAUUUAAUUACACUUUUGACACAUAGGUCAGGAAGGUUCUGUUAUGAAAUGAAUCUAGUUAUCAUGUUCGUUACUAAAGUUUUUUUUCUCCUGUAGGCCUGACUAAAUCCUACUUUGUUACCAUUAAAACCAAUUUUAUCACAACUGGGUUUACAGUUUCAACCCCCCCCCCCCCCCCCCUUCAGUAGUUUUAUACACAGUUAAACAUUAAUAACAUAUCACCUCAAAAUGAUGAAUUACAUGGUACACAAAUAGGCCAAAAUUGCAUUUUGUAAUAGAUUCUCACUUAUAGAAUGGGCCUUAAAUGUUGGCCAGCGCAUACAGCUGGCUUCGCAAGGUGGGAGGGAGAGUUUCACCACAAACUAUGUGGCGUUCCUACAGACCAUGACGUCCUUCUGCACACUGCAAGCCCGACCAAACCCCUGCUUGGCAGGUCCUCACAAGGCAGCAGUAGCUAGGUAGGUAAACUAUCUUUCAGGCGGAGAAGCAGUGUAGUCAUACAGACUAUACAUUAACAUAUUGAGAAGCGAGAACAUGUUUAUACUUUACAAACUACUCAGUGAAAUUGUGCUGUUGCACUGCAUUGCCAGUCGCCACUUCUCAGAAUAUUUAUUUGCAGAAUAAGAAGCAUGUUGAAGGUUGGGAUAUAAUGUAGGCUAACAGUGACACAUAAUCAACACUGUUAAUAUUUGUUGAACAAUUCAGGUUUUUAAUCAGAAUAUAGAAAACUAAAGCUGAAUAAUUAAUAUAGCAGUUUUUGCCUAAGUCAUGAGCAUACAUUUAGCCAGACGGAUCAAUAAUUCUGUGUACUCUGUUUUGCAAAAAUCUGGCUUCUGGGAGCCAUAGUAGAUCAAGCUGUCAAAACGACUGUCCAAAAGUUGGCAAAAACAGUUAACCAUGAUCACUCUGAUGUUUGAUAUGAAACCUAUUUCAAUGAAUGAAUUAAUGAAUGUCUCAUUUAUGUGCCAUACUUUCUGAAAAAAGGAAAGGGGAAAUUGAAUUUGCUGUAAAUAAAAAAUGUAUCUUCAGACAUGUUAUACCAAUAUAUUUAAAUAUCAUUCAAGAUCAAAAAUUAAAAGGUUCACUGUUCACAAGACACAAAACCUAAACCCAUGUUUACUGGUGCCAAUAAAAUGUGCAAUUAUAGUUGUCGUGUUUUCCUAUAUUUACAAAAUUAAUGUUAAAAUUAUAUUUCAACAAUCAAAAACAAAACUGUUACAACAAACUCAUGCUGUAUAAUAGUGUAAAUAUGUACCAAGGUAAUUUUUCCAGUUGUUAGGGUUCCACUCAUUCAUUUUUGUGGUGCUGUAGUGCCAUAACUGUCACAGGGUAUACUGAAAGCUCCAAAGUCAGGGUAUGACCUACUUGGGCCAGAUUAUUUUCAAAUGCAGAAUAUAUUUCAUGCAAAGGUAACCUGAAUAGGCUAUUUAUAUGUAUUACUAGUUUACCUGAGUCAAACAACAUAAUUUACUCUACUAAUUAGUUUAUUACAUCCGCCAGAUCAUUUCAGAGUACAAUUCUUUACAAAUAUAUUAGACAAGUGAAUUUCAUAAAUUAAAUAUCAUGAUGAGCAAAAAAUCAACCAAUAUAUGAAGAAAUAUUUACACUCUUCAGCGGCAAGAAGAAGUUUUUAUUUUAUUUAUUUAUUGUUUUAAAAUGUCCAAGUCGACUUCAAACAUAUACAAUUAUAUUGUACAUGUAGUAUGUAUAGGACUCGUCAAGAAUAUUAAACAUUAUGAAUACACAUUUAAGUACAAUCAUAUAAACAUAAACAAAAAUAAUAGUAAAAAAACAUAAU